AUGAGCGGAGGACAUUCAAGGUCUCCGCUGAUCUCCCACCAGCCUAAAAGACUGCGGUUGCUUUACGAGCCUCUCUGCUUGCUCCACACUCUGAGUGAAGUCCGAGGGGAUCGAAUCAAGCCCGGCGAUAUAUCCCUUGAAGGCCCGGGGUUGACUGCCCCCAGAUGUUAUCGAUCCUUUGUUGACGCCAUUGCCUAUAUAUGUGCAUACCAGAAGAAACCUGGCUACGUCACCGCCGCAGCCCUCGAAGAGGCCCCCGAUGCGAUAGUGGUUCUGCUGGCUGCCAACGAUGGUAUUGAUCCGGCAGUCGUCACUCUUCUGGAGAAGGUGCUCAUGAUACUUUCAUGGAUUAUUGAUAAGCCUACGGUUCGACUAGACACGAAUGAGGGCCGAGGGGUAAUGAAAAUAUUGACUACCCAUGUACUGGACCUCAACACCCCCAAAAUUUUCGAAUACUACCAGCAGGUGAAAAAGUUUGUCCCGUGGGUGAUGGGAAAAUUGGAUACCGAGCCUGGACCACCACGAGCAGAUCACGACAGCAUCCUCAACAUCCGCGACUGGUUUGCAACGUACUUUUCGAAGGGCAGUACGCAGCUUCAGGAAAACGAUAUGCCAAGCCUAGCCCUCUCCAGCUAUAGGGACCGGGAGGUGUUCAAGGCCUUACAUCACACCACCGGGAGCCUUGAACAAUCCCGUAAUUUCGAGAGACUCCAUAAGCUGCUCUACAAACUGGGGAAGCACGUGGCUCAGUGUAAGCGACUGAUCCAGGCCACCAUUAGGCUUCGCUCAGAGUUAUCGCGAGGCUUGCGCAUCGAGACGAUUGGCGGGUCGCGGGAGGACCGAAUCGCUCUUUUGGCCCGUACUUGCAACAUUCAGGACAUUAGUCACCGUAUGUUCUCUGACGCGGCAAAGCGAGAUAUUUUCCUGCAGCAUUUGCAGCAAAUUUACUCAGAGAAAGAACUGGACCGGGUGCUGUCCAAGGAUAUCUGUAAAGGCAAAACGCGCGUGCACGCGGAACUUUUAGUCCUCGAUCACUUUGAGCAGACGGGCGGCAGGUUCCUAAACGAGAGGGACAAGUACAUUGGAUGCAGCAAGCCGGCAUGCUAUCUCUGCCAUCUGUUCAUGUCUUGCCACCCGGGAGGCUAUGCGAGCCCUCCUUCCCACCAGAAACUCUAUCUGAAGUGGCGGCUUCCUGAUGUCCGCACGGAUGAACAGAAUGCCGCGACGCGCUUUCAGCAUCAAGAGGAUGUUCUGUUUCGCAUGAUCGACACUGUCAGGGGGGCUUUAACAAACGAUAUCGUUACCAAUGUUGGUAAGCGGAUGGGCUUCGCGGACUCCACAGCGGGAGGCACCUCAACCAUUAUUGACAUCGAAACAAACCUCGGCCCAUCCGUGGCUACCCUCUCCCUUGACGAACUACGAAAGACGCUUGACCUUCAAUAUGGGGCUGGGCAGGGUUCUCGGAAACCUCACAUCGACCCAAGUUUUAAUCCUCGGGGCGUUCCCUAUUUUCCCAGUGAGAUCAGCGCAGAGGCUGAGAGUGAUGAUUCCGACACUGGUGGGGUGGAGAUUUGA